CUUCACACUUCACCUCUUAGGCACCGACUGAUCAAACAUGCCGGAAAUGUAAAAGUAAGAUGUUGAGUCCGUCAAGUCCAGCUCAGAAGAACCUCAGUGAAGAGGACAGCUCUGGAUCUGAUGCUGGGUCUGAGGUCGGUCUAGAGCCUGAGACAGACCGGUUUGGCUUCAUUCUGACCAAUGGAUCCACAGCUGGGAGUGUGGGCCCGCCCCCUGAAUUGGUCAGGCAGAGAGAGACCAAAUGGAUCAACAUCAUUCUCCAAUGGGAUCGCAUGUUGUUGAAGAAGACCAGCAAGGUCAAAGUGCAGUGUCAGAAAGGCAUCCCUGCCUCACUCAGAGCGAAGUGCUGGCCUCUGCUUUGUGCAGCAACUGAAAGGAUGAAACAAAACGAACACCUCUACGAGUCUCUGGACUCGCAGCCUGCUCUGCAGAGCUGGGUGGAUGUGAUUGAAAGAGACCUGGACCGACAGUUCCCCUUCCAUGAAAUGUUCCUCUCCAAGGAUGGACAUGGGCAGCGUGGUUUGUUCCGGGUGUUGAAAGCCUACACUCAGUACCAACCAGAAGAGGGUUACUGCCAGGCACAGGGGCCUGUGGCCGCAGUGCUGCUGAUGAACAUGCCUGCAGAGGAGGCCUUUUGGUGUUUGGUGCAGAUCAGUGAGCAGUACCUGCCUGGAUACUACAGCCCUCUGCUGGAGGGAGUCCUGUUUGAUGCAGGCAUGUUGACCUGGGUCUUGAAAAGGACAUGUCCUGCUGCACACAAACACCUGCAGCACCACGGAGUGGAGCCCCUCAUGUUUGCCACUGACUGGCUGAUGUGUCUGUUCACACGCCACCUGCCAUUCAACACUCUGCUCCGAGUCUGGGAUCUGUUUUUCUGCUACGGGGUGCGGGUGCUGCUCCAGGUGGCGGUGGUGCUGGUGCGUCGGGUGCUGGGUCGUGCCGAGCUGAGGAAGCAGUGCCCGGGCCAGAUGGAGACUCUGGAGAGGCUGAGGGGCGUCAGGGACCAGGUCCAGGAGGACGACGACGCCUUUAUAGCAGAGGCUACGAGGAGAGCAGCCCAAAAAGGCAAAGAAAAAAGCGGAAAAGAAAAUGCAAGUCCCCAAAAUCCUGAUUCAGGACUUCAGUGAUGAAACCACGACGGGGAAACUGGUUGAAGAAGAGGGCGAGGAGAAACUUAGCUCCAGGGAGAGAAGGAGGAGGCGGAGGG